CCACAAAACGAAUAUAUUGAAGAGUCAAUAAAGCGGCAUGGACGACGUUUGGAUUAUGAAGAGCGCAAACGGAAGCGACUUGCCCGUAAAGUGCAUGACUCUUCCGCGUUCGCCCGCAAGGUUCAUGGAUUACGUGCAAAAUUGUAUAAUAGAAAGCGUCAUGCCGAAAAGAUACAAAUGAAGAAGAUGAUCAAACAAAACCAGGAGAGUUCGGCAAAACAGAAGGAUACACAGGCAGUUCCCGAAGGAGCCCUUCCUACUUAUCUAUUAGAUCGUGAAGGGCAGCAGAGGGCUAAAAUAUUGUCAAAUAUGGUGAAGCAGAAGCGUAAGGAAAAGGCAGGGAAAUGGACUGUUCCGUUACCCAAAGUACGUGGCAUCGCAGAAGACGAAAUGUUUAAAGUUGUUAAAACCGGAAAAAAUCGAACGAAACAAUGGAAGCGUAUGGUUACAAAAGCGACAUUUGUGGGUGAUGGGUUUACUCGUAAGCCACCAAAAUAUGAAAGGUUUAUCAGACCGAUGGCUUUACGAUACAAAAAAGCGCAUGUUACGCAUCCGGAGUUGGGAGCCACAUUUUAUUUGCCAAUUAUUGGUGUUAAGAAAAAUCCCCAAAGUCCUCUCUACACACAAUUGGGAGUAAUGACCAAAGGCACUGUCAUAGAGGUUAAUGUCUCCGAGCUUGGACUUGUUACAACUUCAGGAAAAGUUGUAUGGGGUAAAUAUGCACAAGUGACGAAUAAUCCCGAAAAUGACGGAUGCAUUAAUGCGUUACUGCUUGUCUGA